CACAAAACACAUUUUCAAAUAUACUUCAAAGAAAAAAAAAAAUAAAGCUGUGAAAAGGAUUUUCAAGACAUGAAGUUCACGGGAGUAGUGUUCAUUUUGUUCGUGUUAGGUACCAUGUUGUCUCCAGUUCCAGUCAAAGCAAGGGUGGUCAAAGGUUCCGGAGAAGAAGUGAACGUAACGUGUGAUGCGACGCAGCUUAGUUCAUGUGUAACAGCAGUAAGCACAGGAGCACCACCAUCUACAGAUUGUUGCGGCAAACUGAAGGAGCAUGAAACUUGUUUGUGUACAUACAUUCAAAAUCCGUUGUAUAGUUCGUAUGUUACUUCUCCAAACGCUCGUAAAACGUUAGCAGCUUGUGAUGUUGCUUAUCCUACUUGUUGAUGUUUGUGAUAUUACUAAAACAAGCUAUUAAUGACAAUAAUAAUAAAAAUUUAAAACUAAA